AUGGGGGUGAUGUAUGGCAUCCUGUGCAUGGAUUAUUCCACUGUGCAGUGGGACGACUUCACCGCCCUGGAGAAAAGCAGCAUCGUGUACGUGGGGAUGAUGCUGGGAGCCUUCUUCUGGGGGGGCAUGUCAGACAAGGUGGGCCGCAGACAGUGCCUGCUCAUCUGCAUGUCCAUGAACGGCUUCUUCGCCUUCCUGUCCUCCUUCGUCCAGGGCUACGGUGUCUUCCUGCUCUGCCGCAUAGUGGCAGGCUUCGGGAUAGGGGGCGCUGUUCCCAUCGUGUUCUCCUUCUUUGCAGAGGUGCUCUCCAGGGAGAAGAGAGGGGAGCACCUGAGCUGGCUGUGCAUGUUCUGGAUGAUCGGAGAGAUCUAUGCCUCGGCCAUGGCCUGGGCCAUCAUCCCUCACUAUGGUUGGAGUUUCAGUAUGGGUUCGGCCUAUCAGUUCCACAGCUGGAGGGUGUUUGUGGUGGUGUGCGCCCUGCCGUGCGUCUGUGCCGUCGUGUCCCUGACCUUCAUGCCAGAGAGUCCCCGCUUCUACCUCGAGGUGGGGAAGCACGAUGAGGCCUGGAUGAUCCUCAAGCAAAUCCACGACACCAACAUGAGGGCGCGUGGGCAGCCCGAGAAAGUCUUCACGGUGAACAGAAUUAAGAUCCCCAAGCAGAUGGAUGAGCUUGUGGAGAUGGAGUCUGAGACUGCCAAUCCAGUGUCCAAGGUUUUCUUCAGGUGCAAGACUGAGAUCAAAGGGAUCUGGCUGAACCUCAUGAAAUGUUUCAACUACCCCCUCCGGGAGAGCAGCAUGAGGCUGGCUAUCGUGUGGUUCACGUUGUCCUUUGGAUACUACGGCCUGUCCGUGUGGUUUCCUGACGUUAUCAAGCACCUGCAGGCGGACGACUACGCCUCCAAGGUGAAGACCCACAGCAACGAGCACAUCGAGGACUUCACCUUCAACUUCACCCUGGAGAACCAGAUCCACUCCAACGGGCUCUUUGUAAACGACAGGUUCCUCCAUAUGAAGCUGAGGUCAGUCACCUUCAUUGACUCCACGUUCCGCAACUGCUACUUCGACGACGUCACGUCCGUGGGGUCCAUCUUCCGGAACUGCACCUUCAUCGAAACGCUGUUCUUCAACACGGAUAUCGACGACUCCAAGUUGAUUGAUGGAACGGAGGUGAUCAACAGUACCUUCACACACAACAAGACGGGCUGUCAGAUGACGUUCGACGAUGACUACAGCGCCUACUGGGUCUACUUCAUCAACUUCCUGGGGACGCUGGCUGUUCUGCCCGGCAACAUCGUCUCAGCUCUGCUCAUGGAUAAGAUUGGACGUUUGUCCAUGUUAGGGGGCUCCAUGAUCCUGUCAGGGAUCAGCUGUUUCUUUCUGUGGUUCGGCACCAGUGAGUCCAUGAUGAUCUUCAUGCUGUGCCUUUAUAACGGUCUGAGUAUCUCAGCCUGGAACUCUCUAGAUGUGGUCACCACCGAGUCCUAUCCUACAGACAGGAGAGGGACAGGGUUUGGCUUCUGUAACGCCCUGUGUAAGCUGGCAGCCGUGCUGGGGAACCUGAUCUUCGGCUCUCUGGUGGGCAUCACCAAGGCCAUCCCCAUCCUCAUGGCCUCCUCCGUGCUGGUGUGCGGAGGCCUGGUGGCUCUCCGUCUGCCCGACACCCGCUCCAACGUCCUCAUGUAGCCCGGGCGUGGCUCUCCUCGUCUGGGCAAGACCCGGACCAAGCCUGGGGAGGACGGAAGGGUGGUGCAAAGGGCCUGGAUCAGUUGUGCCGUAUGCAGUUUUCUGAGAUAACAAGACUGAGAUUUGAUUUGUAGCUUCCGUGCUCUGGGAAAGGGUAUAGUUCAGUCAUAUUGAAAAUAAUCGUUCUUCAUAAAGCAGUAUCGGUCAUAAAUAUGAUUUUCUCUUUUCUGUCCUCACCUAUCGUGGGGGACUGGAAGACAAGCUCUAACAAACAAGUCAUUUAUUUAGUAAAUGUAUCACUUGAGGACAACCCAAUACUACCGAAACAUGUCCCUCUAUAUUAUGUAGUUGUAUAGUGGUUGUACACGAUGAGAAUAACUCCAUAUCGUCAGUGGCAAGGUGAAAAUGUAUAGAGAGAGACUGCUGUAGGCCGCGUUGAACUGUGUGAGCAUCACAUCAACAGAUAGCUCGAGUGUUGAGUGACUGCGGGUGGUUGGAGCUGUGCACAUUGACACGGGUCUUAUUCGAGCCAAACCAGAUGGAGGGGCGAGACGUAAACAAGCUGUAAUGAGCCCAGCUAGCCUGCUG